AUGGACGAUGGUUUCCACAGGCCCCCCUCACCAGAUCCGUUUAACGAUGGUACUGAUCCCAUCCCAGGUGCCGGCCAGCCACUGCCCGAGCCACACCCCCCAGUCACCCUGACGAAGGAAGAAGUGGAGGAAAGAGCCUCCGAAAUGCAGCAGGUGGCCGAGUUGAUUAACAAGGGUAUGGAAGGAAGGAGUAACGAAGCCGCCGGAGGGCGAAGCCUUCGCGGCCUGCUGCGUCAGGGGUUCGAGUGCCGUCAGAAGAACAAAGGUGCGGAGUUCGGACCGGAUGUUCCUCAAGACCUCGUUGACAAGUUCAGAAAGCUUGUGGAUGAGAUGGAGAAGUUUCUCUAUGUUCACUAUGGAGUUGGCAGCAAGCCUGAUGGCGUAGAUCCUAAUCCCAUUGUUGAAUUUCUUAAAGAAAGUGAAUCGGAUCGUGCCGAUGCUGAGGGCCAAUAA